AUGAGCGACGAACAAAUCGUUCUACUUUCCACAGAAGUCGACGCCUUCGCUGAAGCUUUAGAAGCAGUUGAACUCGAAGAUAUCGGCAAAACAAGAUGGCAAACACAACAUGAGUACGUCAAUAAAUUGAAUAUGCAGGCAAUUCUUGAAGCCAGUCGAAAUAUACAUGAAUAUGUACGUGAAGCGAUAGUCAAUAACGAUAAACUUCCAAUUCUUGUUUCUCAUCUGAUCACAACGGAGAUUUGGCGAGAGAAGAUCUUUCGUGAAUUAAUUGCAAUGAAGUUCGAACCACGUGUGACGUUUUCUAUUUACAUAAUCUUUUAUCAUGAAGCAUCGCUGGUUAAUCUAUUGGAAACGUUGAUGUAUCAUGAAGAUGUUUGUACAGCAUUUGAUGAUCAAAUACUCGAUCUAGUCGAUUAUUGUUAUCGAUUAUUGACAGAGGUGAUCCGGAAAAUCAAGCAUGAAGAACAGCGAGCGCGUCAGAAAAAAUCUGAUGGAGAUGGGAAUUCGACGAAUGAUCUUUCUGAGAAUAUCAAAGAACUAUUAACUCAAGAAGAAACUCUUCGGUUUGACAUGGCAAUGAAAAUGUUAAGUAUCAUUCGGUACAUCGCUGAUUGUUUACAUAAACUACCGAUUAGUGUAACAACACGUUUACUGGAUAAUUUCGAUUUCAUCUUAUUACUUGUUGAUUAUAUCGAAAUGAAGCCAUGGGAAAAGAUGCUCGAUGAUGGAACGUUCAUGCGACAUAUCGAUGGGAAGUGGCAAAGAAUCUCCCCGGAAGAUCGAUAUCUGAUGCCAAAAAUAGAGGGACAAGUUUGGCUUGCACUGUAUCAAUUGCUACUCAGUCCUCAUUGUUUACAAAAGUAUGAAUAUACUGAUUUUAAUAAAAAUCGUAUCACGAAAUUACGGGCUCAUCUCAACGAAGUGGUUCUUGAUCAAAUGCCUCAUCUUGUUCAACUGCAACGUUUUCUGGAACAAUUGAGUUUUAUGGAACCACCAGCUGUAAAAAAGCAACUCGUUUUAGAACAGGUAGCUGAAUUAUACGAUCGAAUAAUACGUAAAUAUAGAAACCAAUGGCGUGAUGUUGCCGAAAAACAAGCGAAAACUGUUUUAAAUCCGACAAAAGCUGAAGCACAACAACAAGCAGCACGAUGGGCAAAUACGAUGAACUUCGAUAUCCUCGAGACGUUUAUGAAUGAAGCGCCCAAAUGUGCAAUGUGUGGUGAGCAAGCAACAAAACGUUGCUCACGAUGUCAACGUGAAUGGUACUGCCGACGAGAAUGCCAAGUGAAACAUUGGUCGAAACAUAAACCCAUGUGUGAAAUGCUAGUAGAAAUGGUCAAAAAUGAACAAUCGAUUAAUUCCAAAUGA